AUGUUUAAGUAAUCUAAAUAAGUAAGUCCAUCCCUCUAUCCUUAGAACCCGUUGAAUUCUUUCAAUAAACUAUUCAAUGUAUAAAUCUCUGCAACCUAAAAACCAAAGUUUGAUGUUGUGUCUAGAAUAUCAAAACCCCUCCAAAAUAUAUCCAAUGUUCCAACUCGUAGAUAAGCUGAUUAAACGAAGAAAACCUAAGCAAAAUCCCCUUUAAAAUAGACUUUUCAAAAGAACUCUCAUCGAAAUAAAUCAUGCAUAUAUAAUUAAGAUGAGAAACCCAUUCCAAAAAUUCAUGAGAAAGAAAAAUCUCCUCUCUUAAGAAGUAUUAAGACAGCGUAGACAGGGGAAUUUUAAUAAUCUGAUAAGCCAUCAAUAAAAUAAUAAUUGCCAAUUUAAGUAAAAAGUAAUGAACCAGAUUAACAAAUUACAAAUGAAUAAAAUGACUUAAAAUCAUAAUAGAAUAUAGAUCAAUAAGAGGUUCCUGUUUUAUAAAAAUAAUAAGCUAAGCUUUAAAUUUAAUCUAAUUAACCAAAAUCUUUGAAUAAUUAAUAAUAAUAAAAAUUAAGUAGACCAAAAACAGCAACAUAGUCGUAAUUAUAAUUGAAAUAGACAAUCCAAUAAGAUUAAUAAGCAAAGCCCACUUAAUAACAUUAAUUGACAAAGACAAACCAUUAAACUAAGUCAUAGGGGGCCUUGAAUAAAAAAUACGAGCAACCAACCAAAACUAGAUAGCAACAACAAAUUUAAAAAAGGGAUUAGAGAUUCUAGGAUAAGCUUUACGAAUGUACAGAGGGGUGUGGAAGAUCAUUUAAUGCGUAGGCUUUGUAAAAGCACUCAAAGGUAUGAGGAAAAGAAAUAAAAUAUUAUAGAUUUGCAAGAAGGUGUUUCAGUAGAAGAGAAAGGUGUUCAAUUCAUAGAAGUAGAGAGUGUUAGAAGUGGAGGAUGGUGGACAAGGGAGAGGAAUUCCAAUGAAGAGGCUGAUGCAAAUGCAGACAACAUAAGAAGGGUAGAAGUAAGGGGAGGUGAAAAAUGAGAAACCGAAUUGGAAGGCUUAGAGUGAAGCCUUCAGAGCGAUAAUUAGACAGGCCAAGGGGUAGCCUUUGGGAGAGGAGGUUUCGUCGAGUGGGGCUGUGGAGAGUGUUGAGGAUAUGGAGUAAGACAAGUUUUGCAGCAGGAAGUUUAGUGUGGAGGCGGUUAGGAAAGAUGGAGUAUUUCGGGAGGGAAAAGCGAAAGAGUGUGGAAAGAGUGGGAUGUAAAAGAAAAAGAAAUGA